UGAGAAAUUCAUUCAAGUUGUUGGGAGGGGAGACAGGGACACACAAGUCAGGGAAGAAGGAACAAAGCCUGUGCUUUUCUUUUCUCUCUCUUUUCUUUUUCCUCUCUCUCUUCUCCUUUUCAAAAAGCGCUCUCCCAGGACCAUCCAGAGCCCCCAACUCAACCAUAGAUUCGUCUUCUUCUUCUACUCUCUUUCUCUGUCUCUCAUUUGCAGCAGUUUCUCCAGCUGCUACCAUUCUUUCAGCAUGUUCUUCUGUUUAGCUUAAGUCUCUCCUUCUGUGCUUUGCUUUUUACACAUUCAGAUUGAAGUUUCUAGAACUGACUUAAAAUGACAAAGAUAAGCCCUGAAAUUGAAGAAUCAAUGCUGAAAGAAUCAAUUCUAGCUGUUUCGGCAGAUGUGAGCUUUGCUUCUGACCACUUUCCAAAGUAUAAAUUAGGACCUGAAAAUCAGAUUUUGGAGGAGCCAAAAGGAGACAACAAUGGUCCAUCACUGAAGGAGGUUGUUGAAAGGGAAACGACCCAACUAUCUGAGCAGCACAAGCGGCUCUCAGUUCGUGACCUUGCUAGUAAAUUUGACAAGAACCUGGCUGCUGCUGCUAAGUUGGCUGAUGAGGCAAAACUUAGAGAGGUUGCUUCUUUGGAGGGGCAUGUUCUGUUGAAGAAACUUAGAGAUGCCUUGGAAUCUUUGAGAGGUCGUAUGGCCGGGAGAAACAAGGAAGAUGUAGAGAAAGCUAUCUCCAUGGUCGAGGCUUUAGCAGUUAAAUUGACUCAAAAAGAAGGGGAAUUGAUUCAAGAGAAGUUUGAAGUGAAAAAACUGGCAAACUUUCUGAAGCAGGCUUCUGAAGAUGCUAAAAAGUUGGUAAAUCAAGAAAAAUCUUUUGCUUGUGCUGAAAUUGAAAGUGCUAGGGCUGUAGUGCAGCGAUUUGGAGAGGCCCUUGAGGAGCAAGAAAAGAAUUCAGAAAUUUCUCAAAAAACUCAGGAGGUUGAGGAGCUAAUAGAGGAAGUUCAAGUGGCUAGAAGAAUUAAAUUGAUGCAUCAGCCAAGCAAGGUGAUGGGUAUGGAACAUGAACUUCGUGCUUUAAGAACUCAAAUUCGAGAAAAAUCUAUAUUCUCAGUGAAGCUUCAAAAAGAGUUGGCACUAAACAAGAAGGCCGAGGAGAACAAAUCCCGUGUAUAUAUUUUGCAUGGUUCUGAAACCCUUGGUUCAUGCUUACGACUCCAGCCUUGCUCAGAUAAUGCUCCAGUGCUUUCAAAAUCUUCAAUUCAGUGGUAUCGAAUGUCAUCUGACGGAAAUCAACAGGAAAUAAUUUCAGGUGCCAAUAAAAUAAUGUAUGCCCCAGAACCCCUUGAUGUUGGUCGAAUUUUGCUGGUUGACAUUCUCUCAAAUGGCCAAAAAGUCACAGUGACAACUUCCAUUCCUAUUGGUUCUGCUGCAGGUUUGGGAGGCUAUGUGGAGACACUUUUGCGAAAAUCCAGCAGUGAAUUUAAUGUAGUCAUUUCCCAGAUCAAUGGACAAGAUCAUCCAUCACACUCCACUCAUGCUUUCAAUGUUGGAAAGAUGAGGAUCAAGCUCUGUAGAGGAUGGAUCACAAAGUCGAGAGAAAUAUAUUCAACAUCAAUGCUGCUAUGUGGAGUUAGAGGUGAUGGUAAUGCCGCGGCCAAGUCUUUGUUUUGGCAACCAAGGAAAGGACUCUCUUAUGUAUUAACAUGUGAAUCAGAGAGAGAAAGGAAUGCAGCUAUAAUGGUUGCAAGAAAGCAUGCUCUUGACUGCAGUGUGAUGCUUGGUGGAGCAGAUGAUCAAAUGUAGAAGUAAAAUCUAACUGAGAGAUUGUUUACAAUUGUGAUAUAAUGAGAGGGUUUUGGUAGUGUGAGUGAGUGUAUUGUAUGGUGUGUUUGGCAUGAGGGAGGAGAAGGAAGAAUAUGGGAAUUGGGUUUCACUAAUUUGGUUGCGUUGUUUAGGCAGUCUUUUUUGUUUUGCCUAAAUCACCAGUUGUAACAACUUGGCUGUUUUUAAUUGAUUGCUUGAUUUGUGCUUUGCUUU